CUAAAAAUCUUCCUAAAAACCGUCAAUAAUCACGAAAACCCAUACUAGUAUGAUCGAACAUUCAAAAAUAAUUGGGAAAGCACCGGAAUUUGGAGAUCUGAGUGAGGGUUAAAGUGCAGUCAUCAGCACUGAAACAACAAAUAUCACCUAUUACUCGAAUCUCCACUGAAAUAAUUAAAUAAAUAAUCAUCAUGGAGCGUUCAGUGAUCUCGGCAAUUAUGUGUUACGGAUUUAUCGUUAAAUAAUUGAUAAAAACAAGUGGUAGAGAGUCAGUAAUUAAUUGAGUCGUUGUAUUUUGAGUUCUUCAUUAUCUCAUCUCAUCGCAGCUCAUCUUGUUUAUCUGUUAUUCUCACGUGAAUAUCUGUGAAUAAAAUAACCACAUCGUGUCAGCAGUGCGUCACGUCCUUGGGAGAAAAGCUCGACCAAUGAUAAAGCUCCAUUAAUUUUUUGUUGCGGUUAGGAGGGGAUCGUAGUAAUCGUAGAAGAGAGUUGACGUCAAUUUGGACAGGAUACAUCGAUAUUAUCGUUGAUAUCGCAUUAUUUUGACACUGUGGAUCGUUGAUAGAUCAUGGGGCGAUCGUGGUAUUCGCUGAGCUGACCCAAAAUAAUCAAAAAAAAAUAUAUCAAAAAUUCUGGUGUCGAUGGCACUGCAGUGAGCAUUAUUACCGACAACAGGUGAAGACUUUUUCGGUUUUCAAUUGAUUAACGGUUCGGUAAUACAUGAGUGAGUGAUUGUGAAUUGAUGAAGUGAUUAAUUGAUUAAACGAAUAAUUGUUUAAUCAUGAUUGCGAGAUUUUUACUUGUCCUCCUUGUGCCAACGUGCUGGAGCUUUGUUUUGGAGGGUACGUCAUCCAGUUACGCGCAAUUUCGCAAAUGGAAUACAGCUCUCAACGGUAGUCUUGAGUUUGAGUUCAAAACAGAACAGGGAAAUGGCCUUUUGUUGUACGCUGAUGACGGGGGUAAUAAUGAUUUUUUUGAAAUAAAAUUGGUGGAAAGUGCGCUUAGACUGAGGUACAAUCUCGGUGGUGGGGCGCAAAUUGUUACUGUUGGUCAUGAUCUUGGUGAUAAUCAUUGGCACAAGGUUGAGAUUACGAGAAAUAAUGAAAAUACAACGCUCACGGUGGAUGGUGCGAGUGCCACUUCCACGUCGAGGGGAAAGGAAUUUGAAUUUGGAAAAUUUUCAAGUAAUUCUGAUGUUUACAUCGGGGGUAUGCCUAGUUGGUAUAAUAAUAAGUUGACGCUUCUGGCGUUACCCAGUGUUAUAUUUGAGCCGAGGUUCAAUGGAGUCAUCAGAAAUCUUGUUUAUGCUGAUGGUGAGGAUCUUGUGCCGAGGAGGCAGGAAAUUAAGAAUCGGGAUGGGAAGUGCGGUGGAUUUCCAUGUGUCGAAGCCGCUGGUCAACGCAAAUCCAUCAGAAGCAUACGAAACAUGAUCGCAUCAAAUACGACAGACGCAUGUGAAACGCGAGAUCCAUGCCAACACGGUGGAAUUUGCAUUUCCACAGAUACCGGUCCAAUCUGCGAAUGUCGCACUGGAGACUACGAGGGUGAAUUCUGCGAAAAAGAUAAGGUACCUUCGGAAGCGUCAUUCAAGGGAACAGAGUAUCUUAAGGUCAUGCUCAGUAGAGGUGACCCCAUUCUCAGUAUGGAGGAGUCCGUGAGUCUUCAAUUCAAGACGAGGCAACACAAUGGACUUCUGUUCUAUUCUGGCGAAGGUCUUGAUUACUUGACAGUUUCAUUAAGAGAUGGUGGAGCCGCUGUCAGUAUGACAUUGGCAAAUGGUCGUCUAGAUCUUCACAUCAAACCCACGAGAAUAAGAUUCGAUGACAACCAGUGGCACAAGAUUAUCGUCCAGAGGAGGGUGCAGGAGAUAUCGUCAAUCACGAGAUUCUGCAGGUUAUCAGCGAUAGUGGACAGUAUUUACGCAGAACACGCCCAUACAGCUGGUUCAUUCACACGAUUGCCCAGUAAACAGCUGUUAGUUGGUGGUGGUGCUGAUCCAAAAACACUACAAGGUGCCAAAGGAAUCACCAAUUUCGUUGGUUGUCUGCGCAAGGUCGUGUUCAAAGCUGAGGGCGUUGAGAUGGAGUUGAUUGAAGCUGUGAAAAACGGCGCCACAGGAGCGACUGCCUGGGGCAGAAUUGAUUUUCACUGUCGUGAGCCAAAGUCAGAUCCCGUCACCUUCACAACCCGUGACUCGCAUCUCAAGUCAUCUUCAUCAUCGGUGAAUGGAAGGCGACUUCACGGCGCCACCGUCACCUUCACCAGCCCAGAGUCCCACCUGGUGUUACCACCGUGGAAAGCCGCAGAGUCCGGAACUAUAUCCUUCAAAUUACGGACGAAUGAACCGAAUGGUUUAGUGAUGUACAGCCGCAGUGGAGCACCAGCAAGACCGGAUCUGUUUGCCUUCGAGAUCCUGGAUGGUCAUCUAUAUCUCCACAUAGACUUGGGCAGUGGUCAUCUUAAAAUUCGUGCAUCCAAGCGUCGUGUGGACAAUGGAACUUGGCAUGAUGUUGCAUUACGCAGAGUCGAUCGUAACGGCCGAGUGACUGUAGACGGCGAGACCAUUGACUUCAAUACACCCGGGGAUUCAACUCAACUUGAUCUCGAUGGCUUGCUGUACAUCGGUGGUGUGGGUGUACCUUUUGCACCUCUGACCGUACCGCCCACCCUUUGGAGCGGUGCCCUGAGGCAGGGUUACGUUGGAUGCAUGCGAGAUCUCGUUAUCAAUGGACAACCGGUUGACAUCGCUGGCUAUGCCCAACAACAAGACUCUGGCGCAGUAAGACCCGCGUGUCGCGCGCAAUCCGCCCACUGUUCGUCUCAACCGUGCAUGCACGGUGGCCAUUGUCUCGAGGGUUGGAACAGAUUUUAUUGCGAUUGUACAGCAACUGCAUUCACAGGGCCCACGUGUGGUAAAGACGCAUCGAUCCUCCAUCUCAAUGGGAGCCAGCAAUUGACAGCACUGAUGCCAGAGGACUCCAGAACCCAGGCCGAGGAAAUCUCCAUGAGAUUCAAAACAACAAAGCCCAAGGGUUUACUAUUAGCAACGAGUUUCGAGAAUAGUUCCGAUCGAUUGCAAAUAUCACUUGAACAGGGAGUAGCGAGGGUGCGAGUCCACAUCGGCGGUCGUGAGAAGGUUUUGUACUCCGGCCAGGGCCUUAACGAUGAUAUGUGGCACAGCUUGCGGUUUUCUCGGAGAGCGACUAGCCUCAAAUUCCAGGUGGACGAUGAGCCGAUUGUUCGAGCUGAAACCCAACUCGGCAGAGAUGCUAUAUUGGAAUUUCGCACCCUUCACGUGGGUGGUUAUCUUCAUCCCGGUGAGGAUUUGCCUCACUUUGUCGGCCAGCUCCAGCAAGUAUGGGUCAAUGGGCACUCAUACCUUGAAAUAGCCCGCAGCACUGGAAAUCAUCAGAGUACACAUCAGGGUGUUACGCCAAUUAUAAGGGUGACUGGAAAAUUUGGGAAACGCAAUCAUCCAGUGCAUCAUCCGGUUACUUUUACAUCGGAACAUGCUUUCGUCGGAUUGCCGGUUUUGAAGGCCUACGUCGAAACGAAUAUUUACUUCCAGUUCAAAACCAGAGAAACAAACGGCCUGAUUCUGUUCAACGCGGGUCGUGAGCGCGAUUUCAUUGCUGUGGAAUUGGUUAGCGGACACAUCCAUUAUGUCUUUGAUCUCGGUGAUGGGCCAAUUCGCAUCAGAGAUUCCUCAAGGUCACGUCUUAAUGAUGGAAAAUGGCAUGCCGUGAGUAUCGGCAGACCAGCCCCAAAGCGACACACACUGGCAGUUGAUGAUCACGUGAACGCGGUUAAUAGCCAAGGGAGCAAUGAAAAUUUAGAUCUCGAUGGUAUCCUCUACAUAGGUGGAGUGGAGAAGAGUCAGUACGCUCAAUUACCCAGUCCUAUACUGAGUCGUCAGGGCUUUGAGGGAUGUCUAGCCUCACUUGACCUGAGUGGUGAGAGUGUUGACCUCAUGUCAGAUACCGUUGUAACAAGUUCACUGGUUAGAUCAGGCUGUGAUGUCUACGCUAAUAUGCAUUCUGGGAAGAAAUGUACACAUGACAUUUGCGCUAAUCACGGGGCAUGUGUUCAGCAGUGGAAUAGCUACACUUGUGACUGUGAUAUGACGAGUUUUGGUGGACCAACGUGUAAUGACGAAGCCGUUGCCUACGAAUUUGGACCAGGCAGAGGAUUAAUUACCUAUACAUUCCCGACUGAUCGUCGGCCUGAAAUGAAACGGGACACUGUAGCCCUCGGAUUUGUCACCAGCAUUAAUGACGCAGUGCUAUUGAGAAUGGAAUCAGCGACGAGUAAUGACUAUCUGGAAAUCGAAAUAGUCGAAGGCAACAUUUUUGCUGUUUACAAUAUGGGCACUAACGAUCAUCCAAUCGGCGAAGUUGGGGUGAAAGUCAAUGACAACCAGUAUCACGUUAUAAGGUUUACGAGGAAUGGGGCUAACAGCACUCUACAAAUUGACGAUUAUGAUGUGCAGUCCAAUCAUCCGUCCGGGAAUCAAUUGACAAUAUUCAAUGGCCAAUCGACAAUUCAAGUCGGUGGUAAAUGGAGCAAGAACAAGGGAGGAGUAGAGCGUCCAUUCCUAGGGAUAAUCUCGGGAUUAGUGGUAAAUAGGGCUAGGAUAUUAGAAUUAGCAGCUGCCAGUCAGGAUAGAGUUGUAAUUACUAUCAGGGGAGAUGUGCAGCCAUUACCACCCGGCAGUUUAUUGGACAGAACGGCACCUCUUCAACGCAUGCAGCAGACACCCGCAUCCGGUCCCCCUGGCAUCAUGGAUGAUCUUAUAUUUUCUGGAGCUGGCAGUGGAUGUGCAGGCGAUGAUGAGGAUGAAGAUUGCACCCCAAUUUACGAUCCAAAUUCAGAUGACUUGAUAACGCCAGUGUACGUUGCACCAACGAGAUUACCACCAACAGCAAAACCAAAGAAAGAGAAUAUCCAGGAGCGUCCAUCCUGCGACGACGAAGAAGACUGCGAAGAAGGAUCUGGUGAUCCUGGAACCACCGAAGAAGUUAUCGUAACAUCAGUCACAGAUGCGAGCUCGGUGACAUUUACAACACAACGUGAAUCUUCUACAAGUCAUACGAGUACUCAGGCAUCAACAGGCUCAACUCCAGUUUCUCGUGGCACUGUAUCCACCACAUUUACACAGUACAAUGCGUCCAGUACAGAAACUGACUCUACGCACACCAGCACAACUGUAACGCCACGUACAACAAGUGCGACAACUCACUCAACAACAACAACAACAACGAGAAUGACAGAUCCACCGCCCUACCAUCCUGAGGUGUAUACACCAGGUCCUCCGAUAAAAAAAUAUCCACCAACAGUGCCGAGUAUUCACACAGAAGCAGCCAAGCACACAGCCCUGAUAAUCGUCAUAAUAGCUGGUGCACUGAUUGCUAUUAUUCUCAUUAUUCUACUGAUCCUGAAAUUCAAAAAUCGUCCUGAUACUCACUACAAAGUCGACGAGACCAAGAACUUCUGUCAAGAUCCAAAUGCCGCUCUACUCGGUGCCACUGGCUCAGAUCAACAGUACAACGGUGCCUUGAAAGCCGGAACAAACGGAAGUAAAAACGGUAAAAAAUGUGAAUUAAAGGAGAUCAAAGAGUGGUUUCUGACGAUAAAUUCACAUCGCUCCCAUUUUCUCAAGUCCAUUGAUUCGGAGUCUGGCAAGUUCCUUCGGGUCGUAUGUAACCAAAACAAUAAAAAAUAUCAAAUGAUGGCUUCAAUAAUUCUCAACAGUGCGCGUAAUGCUGUGAAAAUUUCCCUGCAGUCCCUCCCAAAACGUUAUGUUUCCAUUGCCUCAACAUUAAGAAGUCCCCAGGGAAUUCCAGAAAAUACUGAAGAAACAAAGCCAACUAUUCGCAAACCCACAAUCCACAAUCUCGAACAAGUGAAGGAUUUUGGUCGUUAUGUGGCUGAUUGUCUGCCAAAAUACGUCCAGAUGGUGCAGAUUGCCAGUGGAGAUGAACUGGAGAUUCUCGUAGCUCCUGAGGGAAUACGACCCACUUUGUCAUUCCUUCGAGAUCAUCAUAAUGCCCAAUUUACUCAACUUGUUGAUGUGACAGCCGUCGAUGUGCCUGGCAGAGCCUACAGAUUCGAGUUGAUCUACUGUCUUCUCUCUAUCAGAUUUAACAGCAGAAUUCGUGUAAAAUCGUAUACUGAUGAGUUGACACCAGUGGAUUCUGUUUGCUCUGUGUUCAAAUCGGCUAAUUGGUACGAGAGAGAAGUCUGGGAUAUGUAUGGAGUAUUUUUCACUGAUCAUCCGGACUUGAGGAGAAUUCUCACUGAUUAUGGCUUCGAGGGGCAUCCCCUGAGGAAAGAUUUCCCACUGAGUGGAUUCGUUGAGGUAAGAUAUGAUGAUGAGGUGAAACGAGUCGUAGCUGAGCCCCUCGAAUUAGCCCAAGAGUUUAGGAGAUUUGAACUAUCAGCUCCAUGGGAACAAUUUCCCAAUUUUCGAGAGACUUCCUCAGUUGAAGAAGUUGUGCCGGAAAAACCAAAGGAGAAUCCCCCGAAGUGAUAAAGAAGUUGGAAGAAUAAUCUUGUGAGACGCUAAUAAAUUUCGGCGUGUGUAAGCAUUGUAGAUUAGGCAGAAUAAAUUAUGAAAAGAUUGAGAGAAAAAUUCCAAAGGAUUUAUCCUCAAAAUGUAAUUUGUUGAGGAGA